GUAGAAAACUCAUAGAGAUAGAGAGAGAUAAAGAGAACUAGAAUGAGUGUUGAUUUUUGUAGAAGUAUUCAAAAAUCAACACUAAAAAAAGAAAGAGAAACAAACUGGGACGAAGAAAAAUCAAACCUGACGACUGAACAUCAGCAAAAGUCUUCCUCUUAUCCAAGUCAAAGUCUUCACUGCAUCCCUUCUCUUCCUUACUUCUAAAAUUGCAAUCAUCAUAUCUUCAAACAAUCAUCAACCAAACACAAUAAUCCUCCCUAUGGAAACACAUAAGCACCACACAAUUCAACACUCAAUCUUUUCAUUUGCUUUUUUUCUUCUUCAAUUCUCAUUAUUACAAUUCCUCUCACUCGGAUCAUACACUCUCCAACUCACAUACUUUAUCAAUUGCGGUUCAGACACCAAUAUUAAGCAAAACAACAACGUUUAUAUCGCUGAAUCUGACCCCAAUUACCCUAAAAAAAGUUUCCAAAAUAGCUACACAGAAAGCAAUCCAUCAUCAACAUCUUUAUCUCUUUACCAAUCAGCAAGAAUUUUCAAAACACAAUCUUCAUACGAAUUCAAUACCAGCCCAAGCAACACAUACAUGCUACGCUUCCAUUUCUUUUCAUUCUCUUCACCAACUAACCUUUCCACCGCUAAAUUCAACGUUUCCGUUUCAAAUUUCUCUCCGUUACUAACUUUUGACGCCAAAAACACCACCAACUCCAAUUCUCCUUUAGUAAUAGAAUAUUUAGUUAAUAUCACUAGAAGCACUUUCAAAAUCACUUUCACACCUCAAAAAUCAUCGUUCGCGUUUGUUAACGCAAUAGAACUCUUCAAACUCCCUCUCCAUUUAUUUCCCGAUUCAUUAUAUCGUUUCAAUUACAAAGAAUCCACUGAUGAACCUUUAACUCCUUAUAUUGGCGGUUUUCUCUCACGAGCUUUCGAAACUAAACUCCGUCUUAACGUCGGUGGCGAAACCGUCACUAGAGAUAUCGACAACUUAUCGAGAGAGUGGUUACCAGAUGACAGUUAUAUAACUAAUCCAGAAAAUGCUAAGAAUUCUUCCUUUGAUGGUAUAGUUAAAUUCGCUGCAGAUGAUGAUGGUAAAUAUAUUGGUCCAAAUGAUGUUUAUAGAACUGCGAAAGAGAGUAUUAACGGUUCUAAUGGUUUACACAUUAAUUGGAGUGUUCCAGUGGAGAAGAAUAUAGAUCAUCUCCUUAGGCUUCACUUUUGUGACAUUUUUAAUAAACAGAGUGGUCUUACAAACUUCUUUCUCUUCAUUUAUGACAGUUAUGUUGGCAAUGUAAAUGAUAACAUAGAGGUGUUCACUCCUUAUUAUUAUGAUUAUGUUGUUCGUUCUGAUAACUCUGGGCUAUUGAAGGUUAACAUAGAGCCUAAUACAACGGGCGUUGAUGAACCAAAUGCGUUUUUAAACGGGCUAGAACUAAUGAAAGUGAUUGAAGCGUCGGGUUUGGCUGACUUAGACGAUUCUGAUUCAAAGAAGGUUAGUCUUCCUGUGGUGGUUGGUGCGGCUGUUGGAGGUCUAGUUUUGGUUUCUGUUGUUUUUGUUGUUGUUUUUUGGAUUAGUAAAAUCAGGAAACAAAAGGCUGUUGAGAAUUCCGAUUGGUUGCCAAUUCCAGCAGCAGCUGGAGGAGGGAGUUCUCAUAGCAGAUUAACUGAUGGAACAACAAUUCAAGGAUCACCUCUACCUAAUAUUAACCUUGGCCUGAAAAUCUCGUUCCUUGAUAUUCAAUUCGCGACGGAGAAUUUCGAUGCGAAGAGGAUAAUUGGAAAGGGUGGUUUUGGAAUUGUUUAUAAGGGGGUUCUCAAGAAUGGAAUAAGUGUUGCAGUAAAAAGAAGUGAGCCAGGUUCAGGUCAAGGGCUUCCUGAAUUUCAGACUGAGAUAAUGGUUUUGUCGAAGAUUCGUCAUAGACAUCUUGUUUCCUUAAUUGGGUAUUGUGAUGAAAGGUAUGAGAUGAUACUUGUUUAUGAGUAUAUGGAAAAAGGUACACUUAGAGACAAUUUGUACAAUAGUACAAAUAUGCCUUGUUUGACUUGGAAGCAAAGGCUUGAGAUUUGUAUUGGUGCUGCUAGAGGUCUUCAUUACCUUCACAAAGGAGCAACUGGUGGAAUCAUUCACCGCGAUGUGAAAUCCACUAACAUUUUGCUUGAUGAGAAUCUUGUAGCUAAAGUUGCUGAUUUUGGUCUUUCAAGAACCGGUCCUCUCGAUCAGCAUUCUUAUGUCAGCACAGGUGUUAAAGGAACUUUUGGGUAUCUUGAUCCUGAGUACUUUAGAUCACAACAGCUCACAGAAAAAUCUGAUGUUUAUUCAUUUGGGGUGGUUUUACUUGAAGUGUUGUGUUCAAGACCAGCAAUUGAACCGUCGCUUCCGAGGGAACAAGUGAACUUGGCUGAAUGGGGAUUGCUCUGCAAAGACAAAGGGAUGCUAGAAGAUAUCAUUGAUAAUUCCAUCAAGGGACAAAUUGAUCCAAACUCACUUAGAAAGUUUAGUGAGACAGUGGAAAAAUGCUUACAAGAUGAUGGUUGUGACAGGCCUAAAAUGGGCGAUGUGUUGUGGGACUUGGAAUAUGCUUUACAGCUUCAGAGAGGUGCAAUACAUAGAGAACCUCAUGAGGAUAGUUCUAGCAGUGCAUCUGUUUCAAUUCAAUUGCCGAAUAUUCGGCGUUUACCAUCUCUGUCUACACUGAGUGAAGUGGAUGACAUGUCUAUUGGGAGGCUUGAUGAAUCUGAUAGUGCAGCAGAUUCUGUUUUCUCUCAGUUGAAAAUUGAUGAUGCUAGAUAAAAUUUCAUGACAUGUCCUUCAAGACACAAUGAUCAACUCUCAGGUGUCUCCAGUUGAGGAGCUGUUUUAUUAGAUAGCUCACUUCUCGGUUUUGUCCUUGUUUUCUUGUAUUAUUUUCCCCUUAGUCAUAGGUGCUGCUCUAUUCCCAAUUGUAAGAUUAAUGAUGAGGGUGUCUAUUUCUGAUGAUUGCAAUAAAUUAUUGGUAACUAAGCGUAUUAUGGAUAGCACUUGUUGUAAUGCUUGAACCAAUGUAUGUAGUCUAUACUGUGGCCAACAAUGCUAGUACAUACUGGUAUAUAUUCAGUUUUCUUCCCCAUUUUUGGGUAUCCACGGCAUGCAAAUUAUGCUGAAACAUGAAUCUAACAUUUAACUUAGGAGCA